CUGAACUCGAACACAACUGGACCGUCAACUAGCUAGCUGCAUCGUGCUGUCGCCAAUCUGCAUCGGUGCAGUCGGCUUGGUGAAGCUAGCAGAAGACCAGUGUACCACCGUCGUAAGCGGUCAACCCGAAAUAAAGCUGGAGUGAGUGUCGCGCCACUGGCAGUGAAGUUUUCGAUCUAUCUUGUUCUUAUGCAUUUACCCAGUAGUGAAGGUCGGCUCACUCCACUGAUCUGGGCGGAGAGAGAUUUCUGUGUUAUUCAUUAGCUUGAAACGAAAGUGAGAGUACAUGAACGGCAUUAUUACCGGGUCAGUGAAUAGAGUUGGGUUAUAAAACUAAGCAGUUUUCGAUCUUUGUGAAGCUAUUAGGCUUCUCCCUGGAGUGAUUAUUCGGAAGUUGAUCGAGUGGAAAUAGAUAAAAUGACAGCAGUACCGGAAGCGAAAAAGAGCGAUUCCAAAUGGAACUUGGAUCCGGUGCAGAAGGCCAUGGGCCAGCUAGGAUGGUGGCACAUUAUGGUCUGUGCGGUGGUUUUUCCGCUGAAAUUUCCGGUGGCCUGGCAUCAGAUGGGAAUUAUCUUUCUGGGUGCGUCCAUGAAUUAUACCUGCUCCUCCAACGUAACCCUGGAACGAUGCUCGGACGAGUGCACCAGUUGGGAGUACGACACAAGCGUGUUCGAGUCGACCAUCCAGAGCGAGUGGGAUCUGGUGUGCGAGAAGGCUCAUCUGACGAACCUAUCCCAGACGAUAUUCAUGUUCGGAAUUCUGGUUGGCGGUGUGAUGUUUGGAACACUAGCUGAUAAAUUCGGACGACGACCUCCUUUGGUUGUUGCAGUUAUGAUACAGCUUGUUUCAGGCGUUGCCACCGCUUACAUUCCAUGGUUUUGGGGAUUCGUUGUCCUACGAUUCAUAACCGCUGUGGCCACCGGUGGCACUAUGGUUACUAGUUUCGUACUCAUCAUGGAGAUCAUCGGCCCGAAAUGGCGAGAGUUGUUCUCAGUUCUCUACCAGAUCCCGUUCAACUUGGGACAUCUCACAUUGGCAUUGUUUGCCUAUUUUCUGCGUGAUUGGCAUCAAUUGCAGUUUGGUCUCAGCAUCUACUCUAUAUUGCUUCUCUCGUACUAUUGGCUUGUGCCCGAAUCACCCCGAUAUCUUUUCACCUCUGGUGACACAGACGGGGCAGUACGGGUCCUGGAGAAGGCUGCAAAAUGUAACAAACUUCCAACGGAGAAUAUUCAAAGCGAUUUGAAUCAGUACGCGAAAGUUAAGAACACCGGAUCAGUAUCCAAAGGAAAUGUAAUUGACCUGUUCAGGACACCAAACAUGCGUGCAAAGUCAUUAUUCAUGUGUUUCAACUGGUUCGUUUGCGGAUUGGCCUUCUUUGGGGUUGCACAGUAUGUUGGACAUGCUGGUGGCAACAUCUACGCGAAUGUGGCGAUAGGAGCGGCAUUGGAACUCCCAGGAACCGUCUUCUGCAUAUACAUGAUGAAAGCGUAUGGUCGUAAGAAGACAUUGAUAAUUUCCAACACUUUGACUGGGCUUACAAUGUUGGCGAUUGCUUUCGUACCAGAAAGUGUAACUUGGGUAAAUGUUGGCCUGGCAUCUGUAGGUCUCAUUGGUAUGAGCAUAUCAUUCCCAACGGUUUACCUGUACGCUGGCGAGCUUUUCCCUACGGUGGUCCGAAACGUCGGCAUCGGCACCGCUUCGAUGAUUGCUAGAAUCGGAUCGAUGCUGGCUCCAUUCGUAGCGGGCAUGGGUGUUAUUGCCCACUGGUUGCCUCCGGUAAUAUUCGGUCUUACACCACUGGUAGGAGCUUUGUUUGUAUUUUUCCUGCCCGAAACGAAGGGUGCACCGUUGCCGGAAACCAUCGAGGAUGGCGAAAACUUUGGUAAGCGACCGAAGGACCCGGAGACUGUUGAGGAACCAAAGUUCUGAGAAAUUUCCGAGUUCGGACACCAUUUCGAGUAGCAACACGCGCGCCUUCGAACGACAGCGGCUUCCGUGAUCCUGCCUUACGAAUCGUUUGUCUUCGUGAUGCUUCGUUUCGUUUUUAAUACAAUUUUCUUGUACUGAAAUUUUGACAUGUUAAAAGUGUCCUAUUUGUAUGCGUACAAAACACGAUCUGUAGAAUGAUCUAAUGCCAAAAACAAGUUAAUAUGCGAAUGAUAUUUUUGUGUAAGUUUUUGAAAAAUAAAUGAUAACAAUUUUUAGAAA